AUGACUCAAAUUUGUAUUUCUCCAAUGGCAAGUGCUCCUUCGUCACCUGGUGUAGAAAGAGAAAGUCGCAUUACUUUUGAAAAUGUUCGUCAAUGGAAAUUAGAACAAGUUUCUUAUUGGUUACAAGAAAAUAAUUUUAGGGAAUAUCAAAAAAUAUUUACUGGUAAACUAUGGGUCACUCAUUAUCCUUUAAAAAAUUUUAAUUCGCUUGAAAACAAAAAAAAAGAAGAAGAACACAAUGAUAUCACUGGAGAAGUUUUACUCGAAUUGGAUCACGAUAUCCUUAAAGAAUUGAAAAUAAGAUCGGUUGGCGACCGCGUUAGAAUUUUAUUAGCCGUUAAAUCAUUAUUAAAAAUUUGUUGGGGAAAUAAUAUUUAUCCUUAUACCCCAACUCCUUAUACCCCAACUAAAUUUUUAUGCAGAUGCAAGGAAUCCAGUACACCAGAGACCGAUAAAUUCCCUACAGCACUUGUUAGAUCUGAUUCGUUGCCUAGAAUAACUCGUUCAAGUUCAAGUCAUCGUAUUAAUUCACCAAAAUCACCUUCAUCUAACAAACUAUCUCAAGAGACUACAAUCAUGUCUCUAGAAAGCGUUAAACAGCGAUGCAUUAAAGUUAUUGGAGAGGAUGGUCAAUCUUCACGAACAAUUCCGAUAAAUGAUGUUAGUGAUGCCAAGUCCAUUCUCGCAAGAGUUUUACAAAAAUUCAAUAUUAAAGAUGAUGUUGAAAGAUAUUCAUUAUUCACAACUUUGAGUGAUUCAGGAUCAGCAAGGUGCUUAACAGAUGAGGAGGUUGAAAAUAUAUGCAAAAGUGCAGAUCGUCAGGAAAGAGAGAGAUUAUUUUUAAGAAAGAAACAUCUUCCAAUGAAUCAUGAAACGUUUAAGAAACAUAUGAGAGAUAAGAAAUUGGCAAAUUUCUUUGGAGAAAAACCUCCGAGUAUACCACAAGGAAUAACGCAAAAGAAACUAAGAAAUUUCUUUGGGCAAAGGCCUCCAUCAGAGUUAAUUUCAUUGAACCUUACUGAGUAUUUUCCCGGUCAUAAUAGUGAAGAGCUAGAACGUAGUGUUAGAUUUUCUAUGAGAAGAGCUUCUAGAAGUUCAAUGUCAUCAAAAUAUUCUUCUAGACCUAGAUCAAAACGGAUUUCAAGGCUUUUUGAGGAUAAUUCUAGACAAUCAAGUUUAUUAAACCCUUUAAAUGAUAAUCUUGAAAAUGCGACUAUUAAUGAAGAAGAAGAAGUUGGAGGUGACUUUGAAGAUUUUGAUAGUUUUGAAGAUAAUUAUGAUGAACUUACUUCACUUGACGAAGCCUUUACAAAAUCCAUAUUUAAAUGGAUAAAAGGAACUUUGAUUGGGAUGGGAUCUUUUGGUAGUGUAUACUUGGCACUUAAUUCCAUUACUGGAGAAUUGAUGGCGGUUAAACAAGUAGAAUUGCCCACUGGACAAUCCGCAAACGAAGAAAGAAAGAAAUCUAUGUUAGAUGCCUUACAAAGAGAAAUUUCACUAUUACAAGAGCUACAACAUGAGAACAUUGUGCAAUAUCUCGGAUCACAACAUGAUGAGACAACUUUAAAUAUUUUCUUGGAAUAUGUUCCUGGUGGAUCAGUAGCUACAAUGCUUAACACUUAUGGACCAUCAGAAGAGCCCCUAAUUAGAUCAUUCAACAGACAAAUCUUACAAGGAUUAAAUUAUCUUCACGAAAAAGAUAUCAUUCAUCGUGAUAUCAAGGGUGCUAACAUUCUAGUUGAUAAUAAGGGUGGUGUCAAAAUAUCAGAUUUUGGUAUUUCAAAGAAAGUUGAAGAUCAAAUUAUGGCGACAACAUCAGUAAGUAGGCCUUCAUUACAAGGAUCCGUAUUUUGGAUGGCACCAGAAGUUGUUAAGCAAACAUCUUAUACGAGCAAAGCUGAUAUAUGGAGUUUGGGAUGUUUGAUAGUGGAAAUGUUUACGGGAACUCAUCCCUAUCCACAAUUUACUCAAAUGCAAGCAAUAUUUAAGAUUGGUGUUGAAUCUAUUUCACCAGAAAUUCCUGAAAAUAUAUCAAUUGAAGCCGAAGAAUUUCUGAAAAAGACAUUUGAACCGAAUCAUGAUGACAGGCCUACGGCUAAAGCUCUAUUAAAUCAUCCAUUUACUGCAUCAACAUCAAAAUCUAAUGUACAAUUAUCACCUUAA